UGGUCCUUAUGAGAAACUACUUCCAUCUGGAAGCGUAAAAAAGAGGCAGACUCGACUUAGUCACCAACGGUGAAGCAGAACUGCAUGCAUUGCAUUGAGAUUUCUUUCCUUUUUAGGUAAGGGUGACAAAAGUACGUGUGUGAGAGGAAAAAGAUAGACAGAGGCAGUACCGGAUAGAUCGAGGGAUGCUACAAUUUUAUUCAACUGCCCUCUCUUCGCUCUUUCUCGUCCCUUCGCGUUUCAUCUAGCUGUACAUUCUUCUCAGUUUGACCAUUUUAUUCCUUUCUCAAAACACAAGCUUGGAACUGGAGUUUUAAUAAAGACUGUUGGUGCAAGGACACUGAUCGUGUACUGAAAGCCACUGCCCGUAGUUGCUAAUGGGACUUCAUGAUUUAACACAAAGGUGACAUAACCCAGCCUGGCAUUUUAAAGAAAAAAACUUGCUUGACACAUAGUCAUAUUUAACUCUGACAACCAAUUGGAAACAGCAAUGCCCAUAUGACAUCAAUUUAAAAGAACUUGACAAAUUUGGCUGAGACACAAAGAGAGAGAGAGAGAGGGGAGAAGAGCUGUGAUGAGCCACAGAGCAAGCUGCAGGAUUCGGGAUUGAGGUCCAGGCCUGGCUUUCAAGUGACGGGGGAAGUGAGAAAUAAAGAGAGAGAGAGAGAGAGAGAGAGAGAGAGAGUAUUGGAGCAGCGCUGAGUUUGCUAGCUCACACAGACACACACACACAUACAAGGAGAACAAGAACGAUGAGGGAAGGGCUGGGUCUGCUGGUGUUUCUUCUGUGCCUCGGCGUGGUUGUCUGCAGCCAUGCCUCUGUGCCCGUGGAGCGCAGCCACCAGCGGCAACUCUCCCUCCGCAGGCAUCGUGAGAAGGGCAAGGAGGGGCAGGUCCUCCACCGUUCCAAGAGGGGCUGGGUGUGGAACCAGUUCUUCGUCAUCGAAGAGUACACAGGACCAGACCCUGUGCUAGUGGGCAGGCUCCACUCAGAUGUUGAUUCUGGGGAAGGGAAAAUAAAGUACAUUCUCUCAGGAGAAGGCGCAGGCACCAUUUUCGUUAUUGACGACAAGACAGGGAAUAUUCAUGCCACAAAGACGCUGGACCGCGAGGAGCGUGCUCAAUACACGCUGACGGCCCAGGCCGUGGCCCGCGAUACUAACAAGCCACUGGAGCCACCAUCGGAGUUCAUCGUAAAGGUGCAGGACAUCAACGAUAACCCGCCUGAGUUCCUGCAUGGCCCCUACCAUGCAAUGGUGUCUGAGAUGUCCAAUGUGGGUACCUCGGUCAUGCAGGUGACAGCGUCCGACGCUGACGACCCCACGUAUGGAAACAGUGCGAGACUUGUGUACAGUAUAUUGGAGGGGCAACCUUACUUCUCAGUGGAGCCACAUACAGGGAUUAUCAGGACAGCCUUACCCAACAUGGACAGAGAGGCCAAGGAGGAAUACAAUGUUGUCAUUCAAGCCAAGGACAUGGGGGGGCACAUGGGGGGCUUGUCAGGGACCACCAAAGUGACAAUAACACUGACAGACGUCAAUGACAACCCACCAAAGUUUCCACAGAGCGUCUAUGCUAUGUCUGUCUCAGAAGCCUCAGUCCCUGGCGAGGAGGUGGGUCGAAUCAAGGCGAAAGACCCCGAUAUGGGUGAGAAUGGCCUGAUCUCAUACCGUGUGCUGGAAGGGGAUGGUGCUGAUGUUUUUGAGGUCACCACCGACUCACAGACUCAGGAGGGGGUACUCAAGCUAAAGAAGCACGUGGACUUUGAGACCAAAAGGGCGUAUAGCCUGAAGGUGGAGGCAUCAAACCUGAUUCUAGACCCACGGUUUCUCAGCUGGGGGCCGUUCAAGGACACGGCAAUGGUGAAAAUCACAGUAGAAGAUGCAGACGAGCCCCCUCUUUUUACCUCGCUUGGCUACAUCUUUGAGGUGCAGGAGAACUCGCCUGCCAACACUGUGGUGGGUCGGGUUCAUGCCAAAGACACAGAUGCUGCCAACAGCCCCAUUAGGUACACCAUUGACCAGCACACCAAUCUGGACCGCUUGUUUAAGAUUAACCUGAACGAGGGUAUCAUCCAGACCACCAAACCACUGGACCGGGAGGCCAUGGCCUGGCAUAACAUCUCCAUCAUCGCUUCUGAAGCCCGUGCAGUGGACCCUCGUCAAGAGGCCAAAGUUCAUGUUGCCAUCAAAGUCCUAGACGUCAAUGACAACCCCCCUGAAUUUGCUGCCCAGUAUGAAGCAUUUGUAUGUGAAAACGGCAAGUAUGGCAAGCUGAUUCAUACCAUCAGUGCAAUGGAUAAGGACGAGGCAGCCAACGGACCCCGCUUUCUUUUUGAGUUAGCUCAGGAGGUCGCAAACAACCCGAACUUCACUGUCCGGGAUAACAGAGACAGCACAGCAGGGAUCUAUGUGCGCCGGGAAGGAGGGUUCAGUCGACAGAAACAGGACCUUUAUCUCCUGCCCAUCGAGAUUAAUGACAAUGGCAGCCCCCCACUGAGCAGUACCAACACCCUCACUAUCCGUGUGUGUGGCUGUGACAGUGAAGGCACUCUGCAAUCCUGCAACGUGGAGCCCUACAUCCUGCCUGCGGGACUUAGCACUGGGGCCCUCAUCGCCAUUCUCGCCUGCAUCGUCAUCCUACUUGUGAUUGUUGUGUUGUUCGUGGCACUGCGUCGGCAAAAGAAAGAGCCGCUCAUUGUGUUUGAGGAGGAAGACGUGCGGGAGAACAUUAUCACCUAUGACGACGAAGGCGGUGGAGAAGAGGACACAGAGGCCUUCGACAUUGCCACGCUGCAGAACCCUGACGGUGCCAACGGUUUCCUUCCACGCAAAGACAUCAAGCCCGAGCAGCAGUACCCAGCCCGACCUGGCCUUCGGCCUGCGCCAAACAGCGUUGAUGUGGAUGACUUCAUCAAGACACGCAUCUCUGAAGCGGACUACGACCCCACAGCACCCCCGUACGAUUCUAUCCAGAUCUACGGUUACGAGGGCCGCGGCUCCAUUGCCGGCUCACUCAGCUCCCUCGAAUCGGCCACCACAGACUCCGACCUGGACUACGACUACCUCCAGAGCUGGGGUCCUCGUUUUAAGAAGCUGGCGGAUCUGUAUGGCUCCAAAGACACGGCCGAUAAUGAUGACUCUUAACGGCUGGAACCUUCUUUUUGUCUGCACCCCUUAAGAUAAUGUAGUAUAUUAUGUACUAUAAGUAUACUACCAGUAUACUGCUAAUAUAUUUAUAGUAUAUUUUUUGACUUAAGUAUAAUUAUAGUGUACUGCAUUCUAAUAAGGGGUCGGACCUUGAAGAGACUCCAAUUCUGAGAAGAAGCCAAAAUAAAUAAAAUCCUCAGUAGGAUGUAUUGACACACACACGAGCGCACACACACACACACACACACACGCACGCACACACACACGCACACACAAACACACAUAUACACACACAAAAAAACAUUGUAUCAAAUGAAUAGCUCUGUAUUUUCCUUUUUUUAUUAUAAUUAUGAUUAUUAUGGUGAUUGUUGUUAAGGGGUCGGUUUCUAUUUAAUGAAGCUGAUGAGUGCCAGGAAUAAGACCACAGGUUUAUACUGUGAAGGAGCUCACAAAGGAAAAAUGGUUGCCUUACAUCAAAAAGAGGAAGAGUUUUGAUGACUUCUGCAGUACUCCCAUUACCAUGUUUUUAAACACUCUUUGUUAAUCUGAAGAAGGACAAUAAAGAAACACGCAUUAUACUAUGUUUUUAAACUUCAGAAGACAAAGUCCCUUACCUUCCCACAAAAUUAAUCAUGAAGAGAAAGCUGUGAGCUCAAAUAUCGCCUUAAAUAACGAACACUCCUGCAGUGUAGUGCAUUUUUUAACUUGAAAAGAAAAACAUCAUAAAGCAAGCUAAAAUCCAUCUAAUGUAUGUACAGAACAAUGUGCAGGUAUCUCUCCUGAGGAUCAAACUUGCGCCUAUUGAUUCUUGUAAAUCUUUUUUUGUUAUUAUUAUUGUUAUUAUUUUGGGUUUCUUUUCUUUUCUUUUUCUUGGCUCAUAUUAGAUGAAGGGAAAAAAAUGUUCCUGUCACAGUGAAAGACCCCUAAUGUUUAAGUCAAUUUUAUGGUACCUAUUUGUACAAUUUUAAAAGUUCUUAUUUUAGUAUACAUAGAGAUAUCAGUAUUUCAACAUGUAAGAAAAUGUUACGACAUCACACUUAUAUUUUAUGAACAUUGUACUGUUGCUUUGUUAUGUGCUUCAGUCUAAGAAGCGAAAACUUUGAAAUAAAUGCCCUUUUUAUAAAAAUAA